UUAUAUAAUAUGUAGAUGGAAGUAUUAAUGACAACACUUUACGACGCUUAUAACUCCAUCUAUUGAAACUCCGCACGAACUUUUGCACUCACCCAAUAUAUAUAUACGCGUUAUAUCAAAGAUAUCGUAAGAGAUCCAAUGCACUGUGGAAAAAUAGCUGCAAAAACAGUACAGUCGAUACGAAUUUUCAUAUCGUUAUAAAAGAAGAAGAAUAAAGAAAGAGAAAAAAAGAAGAAGAGAGAAAGAAGAUUCAAGAAGAAGAAAGUGUAUCUAGAACGCGAUAAAAUGCAGAUGAUUAUUCAUGCGAUAUGCAUAGUUUUAUACUUGUGGUUGCUACCGACGAAUAAUAUAGCGGACGGCAAAAGGAUACUCGCGAUCUCGAUAUCACCUUGGUACAGUCAUCAAGCAGUCUUUCGGACGUUAUUCACCGCCUUGAACAAACGCGGGCAUGAGCUGGUAGUGGUGACCUCGAGACCGAUGAGAGAUCCAACAUUAAAGAAUUAUACGGAAAUCCAAGUGUCGGCUGUAAUAGAGGUACUCCCAGAGUUUAACGAGUUCAUACAAUCAAAGAGUCUAUCGUUAUUCGAAAAGAACAUGUACUUGAUGAGAUUUUUAAACAAUAUCGACCAAAGGGCAUUUAAGGAACCAGGAAUGAUAAAGCUUUACAGGCACGACAAUAACGAGAAGUUUGACACCGUAAUCAUUGAAGCGUUAACCGGUCCAGCGUUCUACGCUAUGGCGCAAAGAUUCAACGUGCCCGUCAUAGAAGUCUCAAGCGUGGGCAUGUACAAUUGUCAACGGUACUUUCGUGGUUAUCCUAUAGCUGCGUCGCAUCCUUCGAAUUGGGAAAAUUAUGUCAAAGAAGCGUCCUCAAUGUGGCAAAAGUUACAGAAUUUCUUUCACACGUGGAUGUUCAUUUAUACUUGGGCGAACAAAUUCAUGAUUAUGGAGCAAGAAAUUACGAAUAAAUAUUUCGGGAACGACGCGCCGAAUGUCAUGGAUGCGAUGAAAAAUAUAAGCCUAACGAUGAUCAACGAUAAUCCAAUAUUGAGAUAUGCUAGACCCGAGCAACCGAAUGUGAUAUCCUUCAGCGGCUUCCACAUAAAUAAAAUACCGCCGACUUUGCCGGGAGACUUGAGACGAUUCCUGGACAACGCGACGGAGGGAUUUAUUUAUGUGAGUCUCGGGACCACCGCGAGCUGGAGCAACUUAUCGAAAGAACUGCUGGGGAAGUUUGUUGAAGUGUUUUCGAAGUUACCUUAUAAAAUAGUUUGGAAAUACGAUUCCGAUGAGUGGUCGAGUAGGAAGCUCGAUAAUGUGUUUAUCUCAAAAUGGUUUCCGCAACAAGGCGUACUCGCCCACCCGAAUAUCAAGCUAUUCAUCUAUCAAGGCGGCUUGCAGAGCACCGAAGAAGCUGUCCAUUAUGCAGUCCCACUCUUAGGGUUUCCCAUUAUAUACGAUCAGCAUUCUCGGCUUCAGCGAUUGGCCUCAUUAGGUAUAGCGAUAUAUCUUAAAAUCGAGGAAUUAACAGCGGAAAAUCUCGACGAGGGCAUUCGACGGAUUCUCAGUGACAAAAGUUACAAAGAGAACAUGAUACGCAUGAGCGUCCUCGCCAAGGAUCAACCGUACGACAGCAUGGAGAACGCGAUAUGGUGGAUAGAGUACGUGAUGAAACACAAGAGCAGGAUGCAUUAUCUUCGAGUUAACGGGAUCGAUAAGCCGUGGUACCAGCUAUGCGAUAUAGAUAUCAUUGCGCUGCUUUCCACGACGCUGUUUGUAAUAGCAUGCGCGGCAGCGUUGAUUAUCCUUCAGAUUUUGCAUUUCCUUUUCAGACAUUUUUGCGCGCCGCGAACCUCGCUCCAAAAAUUUCUCAGUGUACGAUCGAGUGCAAAACGUGACGCGUUAAAAUCAAAGCCGUCCCGUAAGUGAUAUCUUCCUCCGCGUGUGUUUCGAGGAUAUGAAAUUAUUCUCAAAAUAUCUCGUGGCGAACAGAUAUCCUUUCUAAGCCGAGAAUAAAAUCAUCUUCAAGAAAUGCUAGCGAGCGUUCUUCUCUUUUCCCUUACUUUUCCCUUUGUUUCUCAUCGUUCCGUUAUAUAUUAUAUAUGUAAUUUUGCUACUUUGUGGCAAAAUAAAGAUCUUUGCAACAUUACUCACAGUCGACGAUAUUAGUGUAUCGUCGCAAUUAUAUUUGAAGCUCGAUAUAUGGGUGCCCCAUUUUCAGACCGAGAAGAACAA